CCCUUCGUCACCAUCUGGAACAUCCCCACAGAGCGCUGUGCCGAGAAGUACAAUGUUACCCUCAACCUGGAGGUCUUUGAUGUGUUGGCCAAUGACCAGCAGUCCUUCAUCGGGCAGGACAUCACCCUGUUCUACAGCAAGGAGCUGGGGCUCCUCCCCUACUACACAUCUGAGGGGAUGCCAGUGAACGGAGGGCUCCCCCAAAAUGCCAGCCUGCAGGCCCACCUCCAGCAGGCCACCCGGGACAUCAAGGUCACCCUGCCCACCCUGCCCAGCCCUGCCUACAGCGGACUGGCUGUCAUCGACUGGGAGAAGUGGCGCCCGCUGUGGGUCCGCAACUGGGCCUCCAUGGACAUCUACCAGCAGCAGUCGGAGGAGCUGCUCAACGGCACCAACAAGGUGCUUGCCUACGUCCGGCACCGGGUAGCUGAGGCUUUUGCCAUGCAGCAUGGUGUCCUUGAUGGUGGCAUCCCUGUUCUGCCCUACUCCCAGAUCGCUUUUGACUGCACAGUCGACUUCCUUUCCCAGGAGGACCUGAUGAACACCAUCGGGGAGAGCGCAGCUCAGGGUGCUGCCGGCAUAAUCCUCUGGGGCAGCCUCAACUACAGCAACUCCAAGGAGAUGUGCCUGAGGCUGAAGGACUAUGUGGAAGGGCCACUGGGCCACUACGUUGUCAAUGUGACAGCCAGUGCUGAUCUGUGCAGCCAGACCUUGUGCUCUGGCCAGGGCCGCUGCGUGCGCCAGGAGGACAAGCAGGGCUUCCUCCACCUCGACCCCUCCAGCUUCGCCAUCAACCUGCAAGCCGGCAAGCCCUGGCUGCUGACCCAGAGCCUGGAGCCCAGUGAUGACAUCUCGGGACUGGCUGAGGAGUUCAGGUGCCAGUGCUAUGACGAGUGGCAGGGACCUCGCUGCAACACUCAGGACAUCAGCAGCUGA